CCUCUCUUCCCUAGCAUGGCUACCCCUGUCCCGUGUCCGGCUUACGCAGGCCUUGUGGGGCAUAUGGGCGUGUCUGCAGCCAUUGCCCUUGGGUGCCUCGGCUCCGCAUACGGCACUGCCAAGGCCGCAUCGGGCAUCGCCUCGGUCGGCGUUCACAACCCAGCAUCGUCAUGCGGGCACUCAUUCCUGUCGUCAUGGCUGGUAUUGUCGGCAUCUAUGGCCUCAUUGUCGCUAUCGUCCUCUCCUCCUCAAUGGAGCCUGAUCAGUAUCCCGCUGCCAAUGCGUUCCUUGAUCUCGGAGCAGGACUUGCCGUUGGCCUCUCUGGUAUGGCCGCAGGCAUGGCCAUUGGUGUUGUUGGCGACUCGGGCGUCCGCGCUUUUGCCCAGCAGUCGCGCGUCUACGUCGCCAUGAUCCUCAUCCUCAUCUUUGCUGAAGCCCUUGGUCUCUACGGCCUCAUUGUCGGCAUCGUCAUGAACGGCCAAAAGCUCGGCACCGGCUCGUUCACAUGCAAUCACGGCUUGUAAACCCCCCGUACAUCA